GAUCGGCCGAUCUUACUCCGUAUCGUUUUGUUCGUUUGACGCGCGGUGAAAUCAUAGUAAUUUCUACCUUGUAAACAGUACAUAUUGAGAAAAAGGAGGGUCGUUUCAUUGUAGAUCGCGUGUAUACGCGGUACAGACGUGCGAAAUUUUGCAAGAUCUUCGUCGCGGCCCCCGUCGAUUGGCUCAUCCGUCCGACCGGUGAAAGCAAAAAAGUUCCGAGGCUGGAAAUCCCAAUCGAAUUAGUAGAAGACGGGAUUAGUAAACACACCGUGAGAUCGACGAGUUUAAGCUGAGAAGUCCACUUGAGGUGCGCGAUUACACGGUCUUUCGUAAUAGAGUUGGGGAAAGUAUCGUUAAUGCACGAGGUCUCUCCCUUAAUCUCGAUAUCCCCGUAUUUAUUGUUUGAGAGAUUAGGUGACCGUGUUUGCGACUCGUGUCUGAGGAGCGCGAGGUUCUGCGGUUCUCGAAGGCACCACGAUAAUCUCGUUUAACUGCGUCGAGUGAAUGGAAUUGGAUACCGUAAAUGCGUACAAUACUGUCGGGAUGGAGCAGGGAAUGUCUGGGGAAACAUGGGACUGCCUGUUUGGCAGCGACAGCAUCUCCGACGCCUUUCAGGGUCGUCCAGAGAUGUUUCAUAUGGACAUUCGCCGUUGCGAUAACACCGGCCAAAUUGGCUGGCUUGGUCCAGGCCUCGGCUUCGACUUCGACGACGUCUUGACCGAGACCGACGAAGAUCUGAACGGUUUUAAUGAUAAGAGCCACAGUUCGAAUAGUAACCUCGAGGAAUUGAAUCUGGACAGCGAUAGCGAACUAGCUUUGACGUUGGAUCCGAAUUUGAUAUUACCGCGUAGCAUGUCCAUGCCUAAUCGCAGCCCAGCGGCGAAUAGCGACGCGGCGAUGGUGGAGAUGACGUGUAUAGAGGAGGAGAACGUUGCGGAAAACGAGAGGGAGGAGACGGAGAACGAAAGUGAAGUCGACCGAACCGAAAAUGAUGAGGAAAGCGAGGAAGAAGAGGAGAUCGAGAAUGAGCACAACGAGACAGAGUACGAAACGGAGGAAGAGGAAACGGAAGAGGAGGAGGAGGAAGAGGAUGAGGAGGAAGAUGAGGAAGAUGAGGAAACGGAAGACGAGGAGCAGGAUGCGACUAUUCAACAGCCGCUCACACCCUCGAGCGUGGAGGUGCCGACGUCGAUAUCGUCGUCGUCGUCGUCGUCGUCGGCGGUAAGCGUCGGCGCCAGGACGCUAGCCGUCGCCACCGCCACCAAUGCCGCCUCCUCGCCGACAAUACAGCUGACGAGGUUGCAAAUGCAUCCCAAGAUAAGCACCGUAUCUGGCACAGUCAAAGUUCAAGAUAUUAAGAUGCUCGCAGCUAAUCCCGGUGGUCAAACGUUGCAGCACAUUCGCAAACAGAUGUCCUACAACAACAAUGUGCACGACAUCAGUCCAGGUGCGACGACGACGACGGUGAUGAUACAGGCGGCGAAGCGCGAGAAAGAUAUAACGACGGGGAGUCGUGACAACUCCUAUCCGAAACCCGCGUAUUCGUAUUCGUGUCUCAUCGCGAUGGCAUUGAAAAACAGCCGAACGGGAUCGUUACCGGUCUCCGAGAUCUACAACUUUAUGUGCCGGCACUUUCCCUACUUCACGACCGCGCCGACUGGCUGGAAGAACUCGGUGAGGCACAAUCUGUCGCUGAACAAGUGCUUCGAGAAGAUCGAGAAACCACCCGGCAAUGGUAGUCAGCGAAAGGGCUGCCUCUGGGCCAUCCAUCCAUCGAAGGUAGCCAAGAUGGACGAGGAGGUGCGGAAGUGGUCAAGGAAGGAUCCGACCGCGAUCAAGCGGGCGAUGGUGAAUCCAGAUCAACUGGAGCUUCUCGAGCGAGGCGAGAUGAAGUACGAGGGGGAGAGGCACGAGGAGGCGUAUGAGGAUACGGAGAGUUACGCGGAUUCCGAGACGGGCGGCUCCGUGGUGGACGAGAUCGUCAACGACGACGAGAACGUCACGUACGACGAGGCCAAGCAGCUCGAUCUCGUCGACGACAUCGUCGUCGAGCAACUCUACGAGGAUCUCGAUCUCAUGGACGCGGCCGACUUGCUCGACACGCGGCUGAACGACUUUCCCAGGCAGAAGCAGCCCCAGGUGCAGGUCUACGAGUUCGUCUCGUGCGCGAAGCGCCAGAAGACCGUCUCGGAUUCGCCGAUACAGGGCGACUAUGUGUACCAGCAGGUCGACGCCACGACGUCCCGAAGAAAGGCGCAUCUCGUGGCGCUGCGAUCUGGUGCCACUCCCAGUGCAGGAUCGCUCCUCGAGGCGGAGUAAAUAUCUGGGACAUUACACACGAUCUCCUAUUUAAAUAUAUACACGCGGCCAAGUACACAUCCUUUUUUUUUUUUUUAUUGCCAGACUAUUGUAAAUAAUUGAAAGGUAAAACCUUUUUCACCAGCCAGGGAUUUGUAAAUAGUUAUGUUUUAUACGACGACGACGUACUUUUUUUAUACAGCGCGCUUGUACAUAACUGUAAUUUUAAAGUGUAAAAAUGUCUGUACAUACAGAAUGUAUAAAGGCAAUUUCUCUUUUUUUUUUCCUUUUUUUUUUUUAAAGAACCGUAAUGUGGGACCAGUCGGAUAAAAAGUUUUCAGAUGCAAGCGAUUAUUUAAUAUUAUGUUCGCACAUUUUUGCGAGAAAGUAGCCAUAUGAUGAGAAAGAAAAAAGAAUUUUUUAUUAGAACUAGAGAUCCCAAUCUGGCGUUCGCCAUGAGGGCUAUACGUUAAUGUUACAUUUACUAAAUUACCCAGGCUCCGCGCAGCAACACCCUUGCGCUCAUCUAGCAUAUCUAAUGGCGCCACUACAAAUUUUAUAAUAAACAUUUUUUAACGAUCAUUUACUUGUCGAUUUUUUAUUUGCUACUCUUGAAAAUACGGAACGCAGAAAUAACGCGCGGGACAGACGUCAGCUCUCUCUCUUCUACACACGUACCGUCCGCGAUAGAAAAUAAAUCGACAAACAAAGCUCAUGGAAUCGUCACUGCCAAGAACGGUCAAAGAUAAAAUACGAGCGGAUAAUGCGUAGUAUUAACAGUAAACAUGACACGCGAUCUCACACCGAGGACUGUAAUUAAUUCAAUUAAUUCCUCACGUGUGAUUAUUACGUAACAUUUUUUUAAGAUUUUUUUUUAAAUAAAAUCGUAUUUUUAAAAUCGUAGCUCUUCAAAGUUAUGAUUUUUAUGCAUUAUAUUUAUACAUAUAUCUACUGAUAUAUCGACUGAUAUUGCUAAUUAACGGUAGGGAAUUUCUAAUUUAUUCUAAUUUUAAUCGUCAAAUAUUUUUGCAAUAGACAAUUGCAAGAUUCCAAAUUUAAGCGGAGAAAAAUUCGACUACUAGAAUAUGGAUGACUUCGAUAAUAAAAUCUAACUUAUUCUUUUGAUAUGUAUCAGAUAUUUAUUUCUAUAUAUUUCAAAAAGAAUCAAUACGAAUUCAAUCGAGUGAAUUUAUAGAGUUAAAGGAUUUCAUUAUCGAUAUUUCGUCCGAUUAUGGCGCUGUAUUUGUACAUUAUAUUUAUAUAUCGUUCGCUGCGUUCGAACGUAAUUUCAUUCCACGCGAGCAAGACCCAGCUCUAACGCUUACGAGGCAUUUAGAUAAUCGAUAAACAAAUAAGUGAUUGCGAAUAAGAGAGAAAGAGAGAAAAAUGUGUAUGAAUGUGUGAAUGAGCGAGCGAGGAUCUCGUAGCAUAAGAUAGCGAUUAAAAGUAGUAGCGUAGUUUUUGUACCUGUUUGUAAUAUUUCUAUAUAACGUUAAUGAGUGUGUAACGUCGUGUAAGCGCACGAAAUUAAUGCGUAAGAAUGAAUUGUAUAUGUGCAAUGACUGCAGUUUUGUAAUAAAAUACUGAUAAGCACA